AUGACAGACAACAUCUUCAAGUUUAAUGAUUACAUGCGCAACAUAAGAAAGAAGGAGCCCACCAGAUCUCCCUGCACCCAAUCCCCAGAUCUAGUAAGGACCCUCUGUGACAUAAAUGCGGGGAAACAACCCUUCCAAUCCCCAGGAGAGAUCGAAGAUCCAUUAAUCAUUAGAUCAGCUGACGCCCAAUUGACUCAAGUCAUCAACAGCAGGAAGAAAUUCUGUUUAGGUCUACAGCUAUGGGCCUCUAAUUUAGAGAUCACAAAGGGAGGGGGGAAAAACCUGUUGCAAGAAAAAAACUGUCGAGCCAAUGACACAAGAUAUGGAAUCGGAGGAGGAGCAGGCUCAGGCACCUGUAUUCAGCACGCAGAGACUGGAAUAUGGGAGAAAUGGAGAAAAGAAAAAAUAACGAGCUUGAGGGAGAAGUCAGUUAAAAAUCUCGUAGCCUGUAUGGAUAUAGUAGAGAUGAUAAUAGAUUCCUUUCACAUAGCCCCAGGGAAAUCCUCGCUUAUGCAGGAAGCAGAGCUGAGCAGCAAAGGAUGUGAGAAAUUGGCAAAUAGAUUAGACAACUGGUCAAACCCAAAAGUCAGAAAUGAAAUUAUGCGGCAAUGGUUUAGUAGUGAGCAGGAGGGUACGUGGCAGUAUAAUAAUUAUCAGUUAGGGGGAAAGGACUUUUUUGAAUUUCUCCAAGAAUUAGUCUAUGGAGAUGGGAAAGCUCACAAGAAUGUGUAUUGUGCCAGAAAGGGAACCAGAAAUGCAGACGGAACAGAAUGUGAGGGAGACUGGUGUACCAUAGUAAAGGCGAAUUCCGUCUCCCUGGCGGCAGGGGGAGGAGAAACAGAGGGACCUGAUAUUACGGGUCCGGCGGGAGAGGGGACCGCAAAGGUAAAGGGCCAGGAGCAGUCGAUGACUGACAAGGAACUCGCAACUCCCACAGUUGCCGAAGCUGGAGACGACGGACAGCGUACAUUGGGCGGUACUGGUCCGGAGGCAUCUAAGGAAACAGGGUUAACGCCAGGGCCCAGGAAGGACCUAAUGGGAGGCCAAGAGACUUCGCAGGGGAGUAGUAUCUGGGCGCCCUUAAUGGGUGGGGGAGUCGCUAUGAUAUUAGGAAUUCUUUCAGUAUAUGGAGUAUACCGUAUAUAUUAUAGAGGAGAGGCAAAGAGACUGGGGGGGUAUGGGAGAAGUCGGAGAAACGGCAACAACCCCAAGCGGUUAGGGGGGGGCACACCACGGAACAUAAAAUUGAAACAUUUCUGA